UCAACUACCUUAUUAACUACAUACUCUGAGUGGCUCUCUGUGUGGUUACCUGUCCCCGUAAUCCGUAUCAUGAUCCACUCGCUUCGCAACUCUCCUCUCUUGCUUCACGUAAUUACUCUAAUUCAUUGUCUCAUUGUCUGGCAAUGUCUAUUUAUGAGGUGUUUCCGAUCGUUUUGGUUUGUUAAUGCUAUCAGGUAA